CUGCCCCGCUGCAACUGCCCCACUCAGUUGCGCCGAGGCUGAACGGCAACGGGUAUCAGCGCAGAGGAGCGACGCGUUUGACCUGCAAUUGCUUAUACAACGUCUGUCAUUCGCGUGCGCUUCAUUCUAGCAACACAAUUUCUAUACAAGAAGACAACAGCCGUCAUCAUCACCAUGGCUGACGUGCUAGCAAAGCAAGAGAAGGAGCAUGUGAAAGCUGCCUCUCCACCAGCCGACGUUGCAUCAGACCCCGAAGAAGACGAUCUCUCAGACCUAGAUGACGUGCUGGAUGAGUUCGCAAAUACAAAGCUCGACUCCAAAGUGCCCGCAGCAUCAGCAACAGCACCGAAAGCUGCACCACAGCCCUCAGCUCCGUCUGCCUCCGGCCCCGGGAGACCGGAAGACGUCUCACCCGCUGAGCUCCUCCUUCAAGAUGAAGACGCAUUCGCAAAGAAGCUACAGGAAGAGAUGGCGCAACUGCUCGGCCAGGGUGACUUCCAGAAGCAGUUCGAGGAGAUCAUGAAGGAUAUGAACAGCGAGAUGGGCGGCGAUCAUCUUCCUGCGCCCACAGCUUCGGAGGCAGCUGCAGCUGCAACGUCGUCGCUAAAAGAUGGCGCAUCCUCGAAAGCUGGUGGAGCGAGCAAGGUGGAUAAGAACUUCCAAGACACGAUCAAGAAGACAAUGGAGCGCAUGCAAGAGUCUGGCGACGCUGCUUCCUCUGCCGCUGCGUCGUCUGCGAACCAGGACGAUAUCCUCGCGCAAAUGCUGAAGGAGAUGGAGAGUGGUGGAUUCAGUGGGGAGGGCAAUGACGAGGACUUCAGUAAGAUACUGAUGGGCAUGAUGGAGCAAUUGACCAACAAGGAAAUAUUGUAUGAGCCGAUGAAGGAGCUGGACGACAAGUUCCCAGCGUGGAUGGAGAAGAACAUGGAGAAGGUGCCAAAAGAGGACCUGGAGAGGUACCAGGAGCAACAAGUGCUGGUUAAGGAGAUCACAGCGCGAUUUGAGAGGAAAGGAUAUAGUGACGAGAACGCCAAAGACAGGGAGUAUAUUGUGGAGAGGAUGCAGAAGAUGCAAGCCGCCGGCUCACCGCCACCGGACCUUGUCGGCGAUAUGAACGCCGCGCAGGAAGCGUUGGCUGGUAUGGAUGAAGGGUGCCCGACGCAAUAGCGUACUGCCCAGAGGAUAUAUCCCAAAAGUAUACAUGAGUCACUGUACAUGUGCCUGACCUCGGCCUCUCUGCUGGAGUGCUAUGCUGGUCUGCUUGGUGACAGAUAUUGCUGGUUCCUGAUCGAGUGGACUACUCGAGAAUUCUAGUUCUCAAUCGUCUGUCAUAUCCAUUUCAUCGAUAUCUCUAUAACUGCUGUCGUGAGCCCG